UUUAAUGUUGCUGAGGAUGAUGAUGGCGUCCACAGACCAUUCUUUUCUGGACCUGACAGAUAAAGAAACGCGUGAAAAACUAUCACAGUGGGACCGGCGGACAGAUGCCAUGGCUCCCCUGACAGAGAAACAAACGGACUCUAUUCUGGAAAUCCGAGCUGCCUCUGAAACCCUACCUAUUCCCGCAGAGGUGAGCUGACGAGACAGUAGUUAGCUGGCUAGCUAGCUGUUAAUGCUAACAACCUAGCAAGCUAGGCUACCACCGAUUUAGCAGCUAGUUGACAGGUGCAAAGAUGCAUUCCAGAAAGCAAAUGGGUUGAUUGCAUUGUAGGAUUGUCAGGAGGGACUUGCUAAGAAGCAUAACAUUAGCUAGUGUCACAACUCAACCUAGCUAGCUGCCAGCUCAAAUAUCUAACUAACUAGCUUGCUAACUUAACGUCUGCCACGUUGUUUGCUGAGUCUUAGUUUGUAGCCACUAGCCAGCUAGGCUAACGAGCUACUUUGCUAACUAACAACUUGCCAGAGUUUAUCAACUUGUCUGAUGACUUCUGUGAGGAGGCUUAGCUAACUCUCACUAACACACCACGCCAAGUAUUAAAGUCAUCGAAUCAUAACCCCAAGUUAUAGUAACCUAUCAAUCAAACCUGGUAAACCUAGCUAACUAGCUCUAACUGUUUAGCAUUUUGAGAUCUAUGACAGUAUUGUAUUGGUUGUGUCAUGUGUUGGUCUAAACCCUAUUUGCAUUCCACAUCCAGCUGCCCAUUGAAGACUUGUGCAGCCUGACAUCCCGCUCUCAACGGUCCCCAUUCACAACAACUGUACCAGCUUCCACAGAAGAUGUCCUGCUCAAGGGCUUUCAAAUGCUUGAUCUGGAGAAUGAGAGGAUAGAGACAGCGCAACAGGUGUGUUGCUUUUCAUUACACUGGCUGUGAUUACACAGACAGCCCAAUUCUGAUAUUUUCUCCACUAAUUGAUAUUUUGACCAAUCACAUCAGAUCUUUUCACAUCAGAUAUUUUUCAGAGCUUAUCCGAUUAGUGAAAAAAUAUCUGAAUUGGGCAGCCUGUAUAAACGCAGCCUCUGCGGCACACACGUACACACUGUCAUUACAUGCCUCAAGUCUACUGUCUACUAUUUUUCAUAUCAUAUGAUUGUUGAAUGUGUUAGUUUGUUGUAUAGUAGUUAGCUAUCUUGGUUAAAGGUUGACUUUCGGUGUUAUUUGCAUUGCAGUUUUUCUCCUGGUUUUCGAAGCUACAGACACAAAUGGAUCAAGAUGAAGGAGCUAAGCACAGGUGAACUUAAUGUUCAUGUCUUUCCACUUGCUGAUCUCUCAAAUUGAAAGUAGAUUUAUAUACAGUGCAUCCUAAGCUGCAUUAGAUCUCUAUCUCUGAGGAAUUGAAUGGAAUGUUUUGUGUGUGUUACUCCUGCAGGAAAACUAGAGACCAUCUCAAUUGUUAUCAGGAACAAUGUGAUGCUAUUCUGAAUGACGUGAAUGCUGCCCUUGAGCACCUGGACUCUCUGCAGAAGCAGUACCUGUUUGUGUCCAACAAGACAGGAACCCUCCAUGAGGCCUGUGAACAGCUCCUUAAAGAACAGGUAGAGAACCACUUACAUGUAGGCUGUGAGACUGUCAGAGGCACAAAAGGUACCAACAGAUCAUAGUAGUAUGGACCUAUUUCCAUUUGUAAUGGAAUACAACAUCAGACAUGAAAUGUCAGCCUGUUAUCAAAAUCAUAGUUCCCUGCCAACAUAUACUUUUCUCUUUAACAGUCUGAGCUGGUGGAUCUGGCUGAGAGCAUACAGCAGAAGCUUUCCUAUUUCAAUGAGUUGGAGAACAUCAGCACGGUAUGCUUUCUGAUUAAACCUUUUAUCCAUCCUCCUUUGCUGUGACAUUUUAAAUCCUUGAGCAAAUGUCUCUGAAGGUGAAUCUUGUUCCUAACCCGAGCAUUGCAAAAGGUCAUAAUUUCUCUUGCUCUGUCUUUGCAGAAAUUAAACUCGCCCACACUGUCUGUAAACAGUGAAGGAUUUAUACCAAUGCUUUCAAAAUUGGAUGACUGUAUAGAAUAUGUUUCGUCCCAUGUAAGUAUAUUUUCAGCUCACAAUGGAAAGUGUGUCCGUAUUCUACUGUAGAGCUGUGUCAGUAUAUCAUGUUAUGACUUACUUAUUUCUGUUAUUUUUCACCUACAGCCAAACUUUAAGGACUACCCAGUGUAUCUGGCCAAAUUCAAACAAUGUCUGUCUAAAGCUAUGCACUUCAUGAAGGCUCACACUGUGAACACUAUGCAGAAUCUCACCAACCAGUUAACAAAAAGGGUAGGAAGAACUCCUCUGCCACUUUUAUUAUCGAUUGUGACUUGGUACUGGUACACAAUCAACUGUCUUCUGUCUUGAGUUGUCUGUCUGAUUUAGAAUAUACUUUUCUUUCAGGAUCCAUUGGGUCUUGCUAACGCAGACAAUGCCUUCACGCUGUACUAUGUCAAGUUCAGAGCAGCUGCACCCAAAGUCAGAGUUAGUAUAAUUAUAAAAUAAUUAUGUUGGAAUUACUGUGGACUUUCUAAGCCACCCUUCUUUUGGUACACAAUUAUGUGUGGUCUUUCUAGAGAUUAAUAAUUGUGUGAUUUGUUCUUUCAGACACUGAUUGAACAAAUAGAGCAGAGGUCAGAGAGAAUUUCUGAGUAAGUAUUGGGCUCUUGUAUGCUAAAAUGGCAUUAUCAGGAUCACCUCACCUACAGUGUCAGAAAAAAGUAUUUGAUCCCCUGCUGAUUUUGUACUUUUGCCCACUGACAAAGAAAUUAUCAGUCUAUAUUUUUUAUGGUAGGUUUAUUUGAACAGUGAGAGACAGAAUAACAACAACAAAAGCCAGAAAAACACAUAAAUUGAUUUGCAUUUUAAUGAGGGAAAUAUGUAUUUGACCCCCUCUCAAUCAGAAAGAUUUCUGGCUCCCAGGUGUCUUUUAUACAGGUAACGAGCUGAGAUUAGGAGCACACUCUUAAAGGGAGUGCUCCUAAUCUCAGCUUGUUACCUGUAUAAAAGACACCUGUCCACAGAAGCAAUCAAUCAAUCAGAUUCCAAACUCUCCACCAUGGCCAAGACCAAAGAGCUCUCUAAGGAUGUCAGGGACAAGAUUGUAGACCUACACAAGGCAGGAAUGGGCUACAAGACCAUCGCCAAGCAGCUUGGAGAGAAGGUGACAACAGUUGGUGAGAUUAUUCACAAAUGGAAGAAACACAAAAGAACUGUCAAUCUCCCUCGGCCUGGGGCUCCAUGCAAGAUCUCACCUCGUGGAGUUGCAAUGAUCAUGAGAACGGUGAGGAAUCAGCCCAGAACUACACGGGAGGAUCUUGUCAAUGAUCUCAAGGCAGCUGGGACCAUAGUCACCAAGAAAACAAUUGGUAACACACUACGCCGUGAAGGACUGAAAUCCUGCAGCGCCCGCAAGGUCCCCCUGCUCAAGAAAGCACAUAUACAAGCCCGUCUGAAGUUUGCCAAUGAACAUCUGAAUGAUUCAGAGGAGAACUGGGUGAAAGUGUUGUGGUCAGAUGAGACCAAAAUCGAGGUCUUUGGCAUCAACUCAACUCGCCGUGUUUGGAGGAGGUGGAAUGCUGCCUAUGACCCCAAGAACACCAUCCCCACCGUCAAACAUGGAGGUGGAAACAUUAUGCUUUGGGGGUGUUUUUCUGCUAAGGGGACAGGACAACUUCACCGCAUCAAAGGGACGAUGGACGGGGCCAUGUACCGUCAAAUUUUGGGUGAGAACCUCCUUCCCUCAGCCAGGGCAUUGAAAAUGGGUCGUGGAUGGGUAUUCCAGCAUGACAAUGACCCAAAACACACGGCCAAGGCAACAAAGGAGUGGCUCAAGAAGAAUCACAUUAAGGUCCUGGAGUGGCCUAGCCAGUCUCCAGACCUUAAGCCUAUAGAAAAUCUGUGGAGGGAGCUGAAGGUUCGAGUUGCCAAACGUCAGCCUCAACCUUAAUGACUUGGAGAAGAUCUGCAAAGAGGAGUGGAACAAAAUCCCUCUUGAGAUGUGUGCAAACCUGGUAGCCAACUACAAGAAACGUCUGACCUCUGUGAUAGCCAACAAGGGUUUUGCCACCAAGUACUAAAUCAUGUUUUGCAGAGGGGUCAAAUACUUUUUUCCCUAAUUAAAAUGCAAAUUAAUUUAUAACAUUUUUGACAUGCGUUUUUCUGGAUUUCUUUGUUGUUAUUCUGUCUCUCACUGUUCAAAUAAACCUACCAUUAAAAUUAUAGACUGAUCAUGUCUUUGUCAGUGGGCAAACAUACAAAAUAAGCAGGGGAUCAAAUACUUUUUUCCCUCACUGUAUGUAAUGUUUUCUGUCAUCUACGUGUAAUUAUUUCCCACGUUCUGGCGUCCCCAGGUACCACCAGCUUUUAGAGGAGAUCCACCAGUGCUACCUGGACCAGAGAGAGCAGCUCCUCAGCCCCAGCAUCACAUCCACCAUCACAGACCUGACCAGCCAAAACAACAAGGACCACUGUGCAUUAGUAAGACCACACUAUUUUACUAGGAUCCAUUCACUUUUGAUUAUUAAGAUUAUCUGAGAAGCCUUCAACAUGGUUUGCCAGAGCUGAUUAUGUCUGUCCUGUGUUCUCCUCCCAGGUGCGUAGUGGCUGUGCCUUCAUGGUUCACGUCUGUCAGGAUGAGCACCAGCUCUACAAUGAGUUCUUCUCCAAACCCACGCCCAGACUAGAGUAAGUAGUACCAUCCCCUGAUGCUGGUAUAGGAGGGAGUAAGAAGCAUGUACAGUUUAUGUCCUACAACACAUUCUGCAUAUGUUUGUCAAGAAGGCUGGGCUAUAACCUGGUUGGUUAGUAUUCUCCAUAGUAUAUGCUGAAGCUCAUGACACCUCUAUUGUAUGGCUUUCUUAGGUUUUCAUUAACAGAAUUUGCUGAGGGCAGCCAUGCAAUUCAACACAGUGUCAUGUUCUACUUCAGUAUUUGUACAGGGUGUUUGUCUUGAAGGCAAGGCUCACAUGAAUGGCUAUUUCCUGGUCAGUAUUCUCAAUAGUGUCUGCUACAGCACGUGAUAGCUCUACUGUUGUAAUUGCUGACUUAGGCAUUCAUUAAAAAAAAACUGCAGCUUUAAAAUUCAACACAGUGAGAUUCAAAUAUUUAUCUAGCUUUCGUAUAUACUAGCUAGUGUUUCUCGCUUGGAGAAACAAAUACAUUUUCAACAUAUUAUUUCAAGAGGACGACUCAAAUAUGACCUUUUACAUUGCAGUGAGUUAACUCACUAGAGCCUUGUGCUCACUGGUCUGACUUGUGAAUGGGAGUAAUGGUGCUUGCUGUUGGGUUUCCCCCCUCCAGUGAGCUGCUGGAGAAGCUGUGUCUGUCGCUGUACGACGUCCUGCGGCCACUCAUCAUCCACGUUAUCCACCUGGAGACCCUGUCAGAGCUCUGUGGCAUUCUCAAGAAUGAGAUGCUGGAGGACCACGUCCACAACAACGGUACUGUUAUUCACAAUACAAAUGACCUACUCUGGUUACUCUAACCAUCAAGUACAGUUAACUCUUUGUAGGAAAUAUACACUUGUAUGUUACACAUUUACCAGAACAUCUUACCAUACAAGCUAGCAAUAUACAGUGAGCUCCAAAGUAUUGCAGCAGUGACACAUUUUGUUGUUUUGGCUCUGUACUCCAGCACUUUGGAUUUGAAAUGAUACAAUGACUAUGAGGUUCAAGUGCAGACUGUCCGCUUUCAUUUGAGGGUGAACUGUUUAGAAAUUACAGCACUUUUUGUACAUAGUCCCCCCAUUUUAGGAGACCUAAAGUGUUGGGACAAAUUCACUUAUGUGUAUUAAAGUAGUAAAAAGUGUAAUAUUUGGUCCCAUAUUCCUAUCACACAACGAUUACAUAAAGCUUGUGACUCUACAAACUUGUUGGACGCAUUUGCUGUUUGUUUUGGUUGUGUUUGAUUAUUUUGUGCCCAAUAGAAAUGAAUGGUAAAUAAUGUAUUGUGUCAUUUUGGAGACACUUUUAUUGUAAAUAAGAAUAGAAUAUGUUUCUAAACACUUCUACAUUAAUGUGGAUGCUACAAUGUUUACGGAUAGUCCUGAAUGAAUCGUGAAUAAUGAUGAGUGAGAAAGUUGCAGACACACAAAUAUCAUAACACCAAGACAUGCUCACCUCUCACCAUUACAAUAACAGGAGAGGUUAGCAUUUUUGAGGGGGUAUGAUAUUUGUGCGUCUAACUUUCUCACUCAUCAUAAAAUACCCUCAAAUUAAAGUUGACAGUCUGCACUUUAACCUCCAUAUUCAUUGUAUCAUUUCAAAUCCAAAGUGCUGGAGGACAGAGCCAAAACAACCAAAAAAGUGUGACUGUCCCCAUACUUUUGGAGCUCAAUGUAUAGGCCUUCAGGUAAACAUUUAAGAGAUUCCUAUAUAAGAAAAUGGGUGCGUAAGCAGGCUGAAUAGAACUGUAUGACCACUCCUGUGUGUGUGUAGCUGGUCAGUUGGGGGCCUUUGACGCGGUGGUGAAACAGAUGUUGGAGGAUGUUCAGGAGAGGCUGGUCUACAGGACACACAUCUACAUCCAGACUGACAUCAUCGGAUACAACCCAGCCCCCGGGGACCUGGCCUAUCCUGAGAAACUGGAGAUGAUGGAGGUGGGUCUGUCUGAUGGGGCUGUUUUCAGUGAGUCACCCCUAGAAACUGAUGUAAGGUCUGUUUUCUGUUUCCACCCUGUAAUUGGAAUAUUCAAGAUUAAUACAGUUAAGAGUGUUCCCUUUCUGUAAUACACAUGAUUUCCAGUGUUCUGUUUGUGCGAUGUUUUGUUGAUAGUAAUUGACGCCAGACUGGAGGACCAAGGACCGGGGACGCUUGAUUAUUAUUGUAUUGUGUGAAACGCUGUGUGAUGAUCUAGCAGCUGACAGUCACUGCAGUUUUGUCUUCCUACAAGCCUCUGGGGCUGGUGUUUACAGAACACUUGGUGCUGUCUGAUUUUAAAAUAUAAAGGGCUUGUCUCCAAGAGGCCAGCUAGACAUUACAUUUUUCUCUGCUUCUGUGCUGUUGCAACUUGUAAUAAACCAGAUUGAUUUAUGAUUGACUUUAUCUGCGGCUGCUCUUCACUUUUGUUCACCUAGUAAUUCCUAUUACAACCCCCCCUAAUGGUUAAGGUUAAGAUUUGGGGAAGGUGUGCUGAUCCUAGAUCUGUGCCUAUGGGCAAGUCCUACCUGCAGCUGUCUUCGAUACAAAAUAAAGACACAGUUCAUAAUCCAUCUCUCUGUUUCUGUCUCAUGGGGUUACAGAAAAUUGCCCAGAGCCUGAAGGAAGAGCAGAUGAAGCUAAUGGCCCAGGAGUCGUCAUUCUCAGAUGUGCAGCUUGAAGAUCCAGAGGGCAGGAGAGCCAGUAACGCAAGUCAGUGUUUACAAAUGACAGUGUAAAGCGAUAUCUUAUCUUCAUAAGUUGUGAAUAGUGCAUUCUGUACAUAAGUCUUACUGUUGUACCUUUCUGCCCUCCUUUCUUUUCCUUGCGCACAGGUAGUAUAGACUCGUCCCGCUUGCAGCCAUCCAUCUCUCCCGCUGACCUGCAUGGCAUGUGGUACCCCACAGUCAGACGGACACUGGUCUGCUUGUCCAAGCUCUAUAGGUGCAUAGAUGUGAGUACUUGGCUUAUCUGGCAUUUUGCAUGUUUACUCUUCGAAAUAUGAGAACAUAUGAUACGCAUCUGAAGAAGACAAAAGAUAGUCAUAUGAAUGAAUCAUGAGCCUAGUCCAUUUCAUGAUAGUAUUUGACCUGUCCUCCUGAUCUCUUUAAUCUGCCAUCCUCCCGGGUUGUCCCCAUGUUGAUGCAUUGGAUUUCUUGGCCCUGCAGAGAGCAGUCUUCCAGGGCUUAUCGCAAGAGGCCUUAUCUGCCUGCAUCCAGUCCCUGCUCAAAGCGUCCGAUGUCAUCCUGAAAAACAAGGUUGGUGCAGAUUUUAAUUCUUUAGACAAUACAAUGCAAUGCGUUGGAUUAUACGUUUCUGACUGUAUAUGGUGUAAUUGAGAAACACAACUGUAGCCUUUACGAUAGCAUGUUAGUAUUUCUUUCCUCUAUAAAUGGGUCAAUACUAGUUUUGUUUUUGGGACAAGGUUACAUUUGGAUUAUUCAGAUGUUAUAGUUAGCGGUAUGGCUUCAUCUUGUCCAGACGCAGGUAGACGGUCAGCUGUUUCUGAUCAAACACCUGCUGAUCAUGAGGGAACAGAUCGCUCCCUUCCACACAGACUUUGCCAUCAAGGAGAUCUCUCUGGAUCUGAAGAGAACCAGAGGUGAGACAGUGAGGAGGGAGAGUAGAGGCCAGUGGAUGUCUGUUCUGGCUCCAUAAAACCUGUCAUAAUCAGUGGGGGAUGCCCGUUGUGUCCAUCAAAUGCACAUAUGACUAUUAUAAAAGUGGUAAUAACUUGAGUUACUGUAUAACCUGUAGCUUUUGGUAGAGGUGCUCCUGUUCUAGUACUCAUUUCAGCCAUGGUCGUAUUUAAUUUGUAACACUAGAGGGCACUCUAAUCCUUCUUCAGCAAGAUGAAUCAUUUAUUUUGUCUGUCAAAUCAGAUGCUGCCUUCAAAAUGAUGAACCCCAAAUCUGUUCCUGGUUUCUUCAGACUCAACAGCCACAACGCUAUCCUAGAAUUUCUAUUGGAGGUAAAGUUUUUGAUUUGGUUUAAAUAUAGAAUACAUAUACAGUGCCUUGCAAUGGUGUUCAGGCCCCUUGGAUUUCUUCAGAUUUUGUGUUACAAAGUGAGAUAAAAAAUGUAUUUGUUUUUUUUCAACAAUCUAUACAAAAUUCUCGAACGUCAAAGUGGAGGAUUUAAAAAAAAAAAAAAUAGAUUACUAGAUAUUAAAUGACUAAAAUAUAGUCGUUGCAUAAGUAUUCAGCUCCCUGAGGCAAUAUAUGUUAGAAACACCUUUGGCAUCAAUUACAGCUGAGUCUUCUUGGGUAAGUCUGUAAGAGCUUUGCACACCUGGAUUGUGCAAUAUUUGCCCAUUUAUUAUUUUCAAAAUUCAAACUCUGUCAAAAUGUUGGGGAUCAUGUCGAGAUGGCAAUUUUGAAGGCUUGCCAUAGAUUUUCAAGCUGAUUUAAGUCAAAACUGUAUCUUGGACAUUCAGAAACAUUCACUGUCUUCUUGGUAUGCAACUCCAGUGUAGAUUUGGCCUUGUGUUGUAGGUUAUUGUCCUGCUGAAAGGUGAAUUACUCUCCCAGUCUCUGGUGUAAAGCAGACUGAAGCAGGUUUUGCUCUGUGCUUAGCUCCAUCCUGUUUAUUAUUAUCUUGGAAAAACUCCCCAGUAUUUGCCAAUGUCAAGCAUACCCAUACCAUGAUGCAGCCACCACCAUGCUUGAAAAUAAGGAGGCAGUUACUCAGUGAUGUGUUGUGUUGGAUUUGCCCCAAACAUAAGGGUUUGCAUUUAGGCCAAAAAGUGUAUUAAUUUGCUGUGUAUUUUCUUGUUUUGUUACAGUUUUACUUUAGUUUUGGAAUAGUUUUAUUCUGUAUAUUCUUUUCACUCUGUCAUUGAGGCCAUUAUUGUGGAGUCACUACAAUGUUGUUGAUCAAUCCUUAGUUUUCUACCAUCACAGACAUUGAACUCUGUAGCUGUUUUUAAAAUCAUCAAUGGCCUCAUGGAAACAUCCUUGAGCAGUUUCAUUGCUGUCCUGCAGCUCAGUUCAGAAGGACGACUGUAUCUUUGAUGUGUCUGGGUGGUUUAAUAUAUAAUCCACAGCAUAAUUAUUAACUUGACCAUGCUUAAAGAGAAAUUCAAUGUCUGAUUUGUUAUUGUUACCGAUCUACCAACCACUGCCCUUCUUUACGAGGCUUUCGAAAUGCUCCCUGGUCUUUGUAGUUAAAUCUGUGCUUGAAAUGCAAUACUUGACUGAGAGACCUUACAGAUAUACAGUACGAGUCAAACGUUUGGACACACCUACUCAUUCAAAGGUUUUUCUUUAUUUGUACAAUUUUUUACAUUGUAGAAUAAUAGUGAACACAUCAAAACUAUGAAAUAACACAUAUGGAAUCAUGUAGUAACCAAGAAAGUGUUAAAACAAAUCAAAAUUUCAUAAAAGGACUGUUGUUUCUCUUUGCUUAUUUGAGCUCUUCUUGCCAUAAUAUGGACUUGGUCUUUUACUAAAUAGGGCUAUCUUCUGUAUACCCCCCUACCUUGUCACAACACAACUGAUUGGCUCAAACGCAUUAAGAAGGCACACCUGUUAAUUGAAAUGCAUUCCAGGUGACUACCUCAUGAAGCUGUUUGAGAGAAUGCCAAGCGUGUGCAAAGCUGUCAUCAAGGAAAAGGGUGGCUACUUUGAAGAAUCUCAAAUAUAAAAAAUAUUUUGAUUUGUUUAACACUUUCUUUUGGUUACUACAUGAUUCCAUAUGUGUUAUUUCAUAGUUUUGAUGUCUUCACUAUUAUUCUACAAUGUAAAAAUUAAGAAAAACCCUUGAAUGAGUAGGUGUGUCCAAACUUUUGACUGGUACUGUAUGUAUGGGGGACAGAGGAAGGGUUAGUCAUUCAAAAAUCAUGUCAACCACUAUUAUUUCAGAGUGAGUCCAUGUAAUUUAUGUGAUUUGUUGAUCCAGAUAUAAAUAAUUUAGGCUUGCCUAAAGAAAAGGGCUGAAUACUUAUGCAAUGACUGUAUUUUAGUAAUUAAUUGAUCUUAAAAAUAAAUAUUCUUCCACUUUGACAUCAGAGUAUUUUUUGUAAAUUGUUGACAAAAAAUGACAUUUUAAUCCCACUUUGUAAAACAAUAAAGGUGAAGAAAUCCAAGGGGUCUGAAUACUUUUGCAAGGCAUAGGACCAGGAAUUGUUUUUCUAUGUCAGGAAAACCUGGCCCUAUAUGUAAUUUUUAAUCUACUAGUUACUAACCCCUCUCUCUCUGAUGGACGUCAGGGCUCACCGGAGAUAAAGGAGCACUACAUAGAUUCGAAGAAGGACGUGGACCGCCACCUGAAGUUCAGCUGUGAGCAGUUCAUCCAGCAGCAGACUCACCUCUUUGUUGGGAAUCUGGAGGAGUUUCUCACCAAGGUAACGUGUCAGUCUGACAGAGAGGAGAGGACAGACAGCCUGAGGCUCAGACUUCAAAAACAUGACCUCUGGCUUUCUCUUUUCAUUUUCUGGUAAUUCACUGAUUACUGACUGAAGGUCAUAGUUUUGUGCAGUAAAACUGAAAGAUAAAGGGCUAUUCAAAGGUGAAUCUUAUUCUAUUGGAAUCUAGGCCUUUUCAAAUGUGAUGGGUUUCUUUUUAAAACAUUGUGACCUUCUUUUCUGAAUCUACUCAGUGCCAAUCAUCCAUGGUCUUUCUCAUACAGUAUUAAAAGUCAUACAGUAUUAAAGUGGUUAUAAUGAAUUGGACUUACAGGUAACUGACAAAAUAAAGGAAAUACCAACAUGAAGUGUCUUAAUAGGGCGCUGGGCCACCACAAGCUGCCAGAACGGCUUCAAUGCACCUUGUCAUAGAUUCUACAGAGUGUCUGGAACUCUAUUGGAGGGAUGCGACACCAUUCUUCCAUGAGAAAUUCCAUAAUUUGGUCUUGAAUCUGCCAUACGUGUUAAAUUGGGUUGGGAUCUGGUGACUUAGACAUACACACACUUUAAAACCCCUAUGCUCCUUUGAGACCUCUCUUUCAAAGUCAGUGAGAUCUCUUCCAGCCAUGGUUGCCAAAAUAAUGGGCAACUGGGCAUUUGUAUACAUGACCCUAAGCAUGAUAAGAUGUUAAUUGCUUAAUUAGUUCAGGAACCACACCUGUGUGAAAGCACCUACUAUACUUUGUGUCCCUCAUUUACUCAAGUGUUUCCUUUAUUUUGGCAGGUACCUGUAUAUAGCACUAUCAAUAAAUUCCUUCCACAAUCUAGAAUAGGAUUUAUAGUCAAGAUUAACUCACGUUGUCCUUGACUGAGGAAGAUGGGAAAUUGUCUUGUGUUGUUUCAGGUGUCUGCUCUGAAAACCAUGGCGAUCCAAGGAGGUCCCACGUACAACCUCUCCCAACAACCUUGGGCACAGCCAGGUAAGAAACAGUAUGAUCAUCUUUCAGUGAAACCUCUAAAUCAUGUGGUGGAAGGAAGGCUUGGAACUGAAAAAUGACUCUCUCUCCCCUUUUAGCCAAGAUCAAUGACAUAGUGAUGGCUACCUACCGGGUGAUGAAGAACAAGCUGCCAAGCACGUUACAGAGCAUGUCCUUGUACCUGGCCAACAGAGACACCGAGUUUAUCCUCUUCAAGCCUGUCCGGGUGGGUGUCUGUUAGACAGUGGAGUUUAAAUUCUCCUUCUCCUUUCCCCAACCCUGUACUAGCCUGGUCCCAGAUCUGUUUGUGCUGUCUUGCCAAAGUUGACACAAACAGAUCUUAGGCCAGGCUAACCCUGUAGAGUAACAUGAGUGCAUAGGGGUUUUAGUACACCUCUACAAAACAAAUAGGAUAUUUUCAGCAGGUGCUCAGGCUGAGCAAUGCGCAAUUACCUUUUUAAGCAUCGUUCCUGCUUAUUAAAGAUAAAUAAUGGCUCUUUGUGCACAGCUAGGUGCUAAUCUACAGUAAGUGAAUCUAAGUGCACAAUAACGCUUUGACAUGGCAACUGGGAUCAAAGGGGACCAGCGACUGUGUAAUUUCUCUCUAGCAGCUUUCUGACUAACCUGCUGUUUUCUCCCACAGAACAACAUCCAGCAGGUGUUCCAGAGACUGCACGCCUUGCUUCAGGAGGAAUACAGUGGCGAGGACCUUCAGAUCAUCGCUUGCCCUUCUAUGGAACAGGUAAGGCUUGUACUGGCUACACUUACAAAAUCAUAACCAUGGGCAAGGUGUAUCUCUUACUGGAGAUGGCUGUUGGAUCUCAAGGUCUUUUUUCAAGUGUAUUUAUUCAACCUUGGUUUAUUCAGGUUUUCACUGUGUGUAGUGGUGUCUGGAGUGACAUUCAAAUUCAUGCUGGAUGUUGUUAGCGGAGUGAGCCCUCACUGUGUUCAUGCUCUCUCUCUCCUUCAGAUUAACCUGCUGUUGUCUGUGAAUAAGUAA